AUGAAGCCGGAUGUCCCUCCCUCCUACGAGAGUGCCGUCAGCCGCGAAGCGUGGACGAUCAUCGCACCCUGGAUCCCUUCCAGCGACCUCUGUUCGGCAUGCCUCGUGUCGCAGAAAUGGUAUUCUAUCUUCAUUCCCUUCCUAUGGGGCGACCCGGCCUCUCACUUCGGCAUUGCCAAUGACGCCGUCUACGUUGGACUCACCCGCUUCAAAAGAACGCUCCGCAAGGCAAGGUUGAGCGUGAGGAGCCUGACCCAUACUCUGCAUCUCCCGCCUGCACUGAGCGAGAUCUAUGGCGGCCCGAAUCCCUCCUGGUUACGCGAUGUCCUCGAAUACCUCCCGAAUCUACAAAGCCUCAUUGUCAGCCAACUACCAUUCUUCGAUCACCACAGCCUCAAUGCGCUAAGGACCACAAGCAACGCGAGGAAACUGUCAAAUGGGGAAGAAAAUACGCUGCCUAGCUUUGGCUUGAAACUACUGUUGGCAUCCAGCGAGCCAAAUACCACAUCAUCCGCGUUGGCGAAUGCAUUGCCAAGGUUUCCCAGCCUAGUCUACCUCGAUUUAUCGUAUACCUCGCCAGCUCGUGAUGCGGCAGUGCUUGCGGCCCUGUCAUAUCUACCGGACCUACAAGUGCUCAAAUUGCGCGCUGUUGGUCUCAGAGAUGGAGAGGCGGAAGUGUUGGCUAAUGCGGUUGGAAUCCGUGUCCGCCUGUUGGACCUCAGAGAUAACCUUCUCACCGACAUGGCAGUCAGGUCGUUGAUGCAAGCAUGCUUCCUGCCGCCUGAUGCCCCCCAAUUUACUUCUCUCAGUGUGGAAGAUUGGCCCGUCGGCAUGGCCCCUGGGCCGGACUUUUUCAGCCUUGAUACCCUCCGUAGUGAGGAAUUCGAUCAUGAGUUGCUCAAACAACUAACCAAUCCACUCACUGGAAGGCUAGCAUUUGAGGAUAUUCCCCACCGGGGCCUCACCCAUCUUUACAUUUCAGGAAAUCGUCUGUCCGUUGAGGGCUUGUCAAGUCUCCUCAAGUCAGAGCGGCUACAUAUAUUUGAUGGUGGCUCUGUCGACACCGUCAAAAUCAUCUCGAGAACUCCCUCUACUACGUCGCCUACUGGUUACAUUGAUAAAGUGCGCUUUCCCGGUGCUGAAAAACUGAUUCCGGUCCUUGCGCAGUCUGCUCGGAAGAACCUGACGUAUCUACGUGUUGACCAUGCAGUGGUCACGUCGAAAUCAGAGGUCACGUCUGAUGUCCCGAAGCCCAAAGCGUCUUCGAUCGAACUUGCCGGCUCCCAACCACUUGCUGCUGAGCUCCCUUCAGACAGAAUUGUGCUGGAAGCACCGGCUUCUGCCCACUACCCUGUAGAAAUGCCAGGGUCACAUGGACCCAUUUUCGAACUCGACGCUACUCCGGCACCACCCAGAGUCGAGCUGAUUGGCGACUUGAUGUAUUUCGCCGUCAGUCCUCCUAUAGGAGAGAAGCCACAGGCUCCCAGUCCAGUCAUCGAGGUACAGAGUCCCAUUAGAGGGGAAGGACCUUAUGCCCCGGAGGUAGUCAACCAGAACGGGGGUGGGAAUGAUCGUGGACAUGAAGAUCAUGUUACUGUGACAGACUCGGAGGUCUCGGAUGAGACGGGAACGCAGAGUACAUCCAAGUCCUUAUUCUCACCAGUCUCCCCCGUGACGCCGCACGGCACGGUGGCUUUUCAGCCAUUGAUAGCUCCGCCAGAGCCAAUAUCUGAACAAGGUCAACCUCAACCCCAGCAUCCUGAGCCAAAUGCCAACCCUCCUCCUCUUCCUACAUCCGGGCCUCCUGCAUCUCCUCCCUCCCUUCCACCAGCUCCUGUCGCAACGCAACAUCGGCAGGCACGGAUAGAAGCUCUUCUUUCGAAGCGGCCUCUUGGGUUAUCAUCCAAGAUGAUACAGCCAAGCACACCACUUACCAAAGCAAUAGUUUCCAAUUUGAGCAGUCUACAUCCCUGUCUCCUCCCUCACUUGAGGACGUUAGUACUGACCAAUGUGCCGACCACCGCAUCUACGGCAUCCGGAAUAGUUGAUGCCCUCAAAGCUUUCAUAUCUGCCUGUGCCGACGAGUCUGCCAUAUCUCGCCUCCUGGCGAGGACAGACUAUUCCCUUCCACCUGGUAAAGCUCGCCACGCUGCCGAGCUGAAACACGCACAGUCCGCUUUUGCCCUGCGCACCAUCGUACUAGAAAUGGAACAAGCCGGCCCGCAAAAGGUCAACGGCCAACGUGCCUGGCAGCCCUCACGCCAAAAUGUCAACAUGAGUAAAUCUUCGACGGGAGAUCGGGAUAGCGAGAACCUUUGGUCUGCUGCCGAGAACGACUUUAGUUUCUUUGGCGAGGAGGGUGAAGAGCAGGCAGAAUGCGGCAUCUACCAACACGACCCGGAGAAAUACUUUCCUACAGCGCACUUUGAUGACAAGAUUCUGUUGACCCCGGAUGACAGUCAUGCCGAGGGCGGCUCUAGCAGUCCACAUGGCAGUGUCUUCGGAAGCCAAGCUCACGGUACGCUCUCACCUUUCUCGAUGAACUAUACAAGCUCGACCGGCGCGUUGCAAAGUCCUAGGAAUCUGCCCCUGGGCCGAAAUCGGAGGAGCUCCAAUGAGCCGCACCGCAAUGGAGACGAGAGGUCAGUCCUCGCCGAAGUGCAGGGCGGGCCUGUCUCGCCGCAAUACAUGACUGGCAGACUACGUUCUCAGUCACAAUCCCACCCUCAAGGGCGGCGGCCACCAACGUCGGACCCAAAUCAGACGGAGGAAAGAGAGGAUACAGAUGAACCGAAGGUCGAUGUGGUUUCUGAGCUCGCGGCUUGGAGGAAAGAACGCAAGAAAGCGUACGAGGACGAACUGGCACGAUACAAGAUGAGCCGAGCCAGAAAUGGGCAUGGCAGAACGAACAGUCUCCACGACAAGCGCCAGAGCAACGGGCUUCAGGGGUCUGGUCCAAGCUCGUCGCAACAACCAAGAGGGUAUGGAUAUGGAUUCGACCAUGGCGCCGGGCCGGGUUCGGCAGGCCACAGCCAGGCGCGACCUGUGACGCCCGUUGGUCAAGCCGGCGAAGUGAAUGAUCUCGACAUGAAGUUCGUCGAGGGCCACUGGAACGGGGAGAUCAAGGUGAUCCGGAAUCCGACGCCCAAGGGCCGGACGGGGGUGGUCGAUAUGUACGGCAAUUAUUUUGAGAAGGGGUAUUUGUACCCGUGA